UACUCAGUCGAACACAUUGACAGGAUAUGCGUAUCUCUGCGCGCGAAAUACGGGAAGUGUGUCAAGAUGGCUGGUCUAUUGGGGCGACCGGAUAUGCUGUUCGUAUUUGAUGCUAACGAAGUCGAGAGGGUGUUUAGAGGAGAGGAUGCCGCACCCCAUCGUCCUUCAAUGCCUUCGCUGAAUUACUACAAACACACGCUCCGAAAAGAUUUCUUUAGCGCCGAGGAAAACUGCGCUGGAGUUAUUGCUGUGCAUGGAGACUCGUGGUCCGCGUUCAGGACGAAGGUGUCGAGAGCGGCGCUAAGUGCGGGCGCGGCUGCCCAGUACACGGCGCCAGUGGCCGAAGUGGCUGAUUGUUUUGUGGAAAGGAUUCGUAAAAUACGUGACGAGAACAUGGAAACUCCUGAAGAUUUUCUAAAUGAAAUACACAAGUGGUCUCUUGAAUCAUUAGGCCUCAUAGCCCUAGACACCCGGCUGGGCUGCUUCGAAGCAUGCGAAGGCUCCGAGAGUCAGCGCCUGAUCGACGCCGUCAAGACGUUCUUCUUGUGUGUCGGGGAGUUGGAACUGAGGGCGCCGUGGUGGAGGCUCUACCCCACCGCCAUGUUCCGACGAUACGUCGCUGCCUUAGACACUAUCCUCAGCGUAACUCUUCGUCACGUGGAUAAGGCAUUGGAAGAGAUCAAGUUGAACGGAAGCAGUAAGUCACUGCUGCAGGACUUGGUGACCGCCGCUGGAGCCAGGGUGGCCGCUGUGGCCGCUCUGGACAUGUUCCUCGUCGGGAUUGACACGACGUCUACCGCAGUAGCAUCCAUAUUGUAUCAGCUAUCUUCGCGGCCUCACGUCCAGGAGAAAAUAUAUGAAGAAGCGACCAAGGCUCUACAAGGUCGUCCGAUGUCGCCCGGGGACCUCAACCAGAUGCCCUAUCUGAAGGCUACCGUUAAGGAAGUCUUAAGGAUGUACCCUGUUGUGAUUGGCAACGGGAGACAACUCACCAAAGACACGGUCAUAUGCGGUUACAACAUACCCAAAGGGACCCAAGUGAUAUUCCAACAUUACGUGAUGGGGAACAGCGAGGAGUACUUCAAGGACGCCUCCCAGUUCCGGCCGGAGCGUUGGCUGAAGCGGACGGCGCAGCGCCACCACGCCUUCGCCUCGCUGCCAUUCGGCUACGGCAAACGCAUGUGCUUGGGACGGAGAUUCGCCGAGCUCGAAAUACAUACAGUCAUUUGUAAGAUGAUCCAAGCCUUCAAGAUCGAGUACCGCCGCGAGCCACUCGAGUAUCACAUCCACCCGAUGUACACGCCAAACGGCCCGAUCCGAUUGAGGCUUGUCGAGCGGUGACGUCACCACGGCGUCCGACAGACGGCGGGCCGUGAACCAUCCUCCGGACCGUACACAAGCUAACCACGAAACU